CUCUUUUCUGUGGUGGAUUUGCACCAAGUCUUACUUUGAUUUGUUGAGUUGCCUCCCAACCACAAGGUAAAAUGGAUGUGUAUCUAGCCAUCAGCAUUUGUGGGGCAAGGAUUGCUCCUGGAUUGGGGCUGCAAGCAAUUACUGCAUGAAGAAUAUUUGUUUAUGGUCAUGUGUAAAACCUUGGGCAUAUGGUGCUCUGAAAGCUUCCUGGAUUGUAACAAUGGUCACUUCCACACUUUGCAUGCAUUCCCAGUGAUGCCUUUUCCAGGUUAGAGAUAAAAGGUUUCUUUUUUAGGGCAGAACAAUGUCAUUAAGAAAAACACAAGAAACUUCCACUGUUUGCAGUAAAAGGCUUUCCUUUCCCCGCUCUUUGUAAAUAAGCUUCUGGUGAUAAAUAGGAACAGCACAAAACUGAUGCCUUCCUGAGAAACUGGAUCUGUGUGCAGUGACUGGGAAUGCUGGGAGACAGGGUGUGCACUUUAUUGUGGGAAAUCCAGAUGGAAAACCAGUCCAGUCCUUCCACACCCCUUGGUGAGGCAGUGCCUGCGAGCCCUCUGCCGCUCACGGGUUCCUCACCAUGCACUGCUCCAGGGUAAAGCUCCCAAAAAUUGCCAAAGCCCUGAUUUGCCUCGUUGUUGUAUUACAGUUCUGCCUCUUCCUUGGCAAUUCCAGCUCCUUGUUUGACUUGGCAAAGACAAAGAUUGUCAGGAAAUUGAACAUUUUCCAGCAUGCCCCAGAGACACAACAAGUGGACCCCCAAGAGCAACAGGGUUUGAACUGUUCUGAUAAUGGGAACUGCAGGAGCAUUUUAAAGGUGACUUUGGGAGGAGACAUCACAAGACUCAAUGAUGUGAUGGCGAAGACGCCAAGAAAAGGAAAGGAGGAGCAGAAGGAAACAAUGAAACCAGUUAUGAGUGUUAAGGAAGAAAAGGGGAACACAGCUGUGAAACCAACACCCCAGUUGGAGGGAAUCAAGGAGACAACAGUGAAAACAACCCCUGUGGUGCAGGAAAACAAGGGGGAAACAACAGUGAGGCCAGCUCCAUGGGUGGAAGAAGCCAAGGAAAAGACAACAGUGGAACCACUUCCCUUGGAGAAGGGUGGCAAGGAGAAGGCAACAGUGAAACCAUCCUCUGGGGUGAAGGGAGCACAUGAGAACAGCACAUCCUCAGACCAAGCAAAACCCAAAACUCCUCCUGCAUCAAUGAAAACUGUACCACCUACUCCUCAGGCUGCUGCUGUGACACAGAAGAGGAAACUGAGCUCUGUUAACUUCACAUCUGAGCCACAGUGGGAUUUUGAGGACGAGUACCUGCUGGAUAGCUCAUCCCCAGCCUCGACCUGCUCUGAAUCAGUGAGGGCCAGGGCUGCCAAGUCUGCCUGGCUGAGGGAUCUUUUCCUGCCCAACAUCACACUCUUCAUGGACAGGAGACACUUCAGUGACAGUGAAUGGAACCGCCUGGAGCAUUUUAUACCCCCCUAUGGCUUCAUGGACCUCAAUCAUUCACUGGUGAAGGAGGUCAUAUCCCUGCUGCCCCCAAAGCCCCACCAGCAGCUGCUCCUGGCCAGCCAUGACAGCAGCAUGCCCACGUGCAUCAGCUGUGCUGUCGUGGGGAAUGGAGGAAUUCUGAAUAACUCUGGAAUGGGCCAGGAGAUUGACUCCCAUGACUAUGUCUUCAGGCUGAGCGGGGCUCUAAUCAAGGGUUAUGAAAAAGAUGUGGGAACAAAAACUUCCUUUUAUGGAUUCACAGCCUACUCCCUGGUUUCCUCUCUUCAGAUCUUGGGACACAGAGGGUUCAGGAACAUCCCACGGGACAAACAUGUCAGAUACAUUCACUUCCUGGAGGGAGCAAGAGACUAUGAGUGGCUGGAGGCUCUGCUGUUCAACAAGGACAUCAGGAAAGGAUUCCUGAACCUCAGCGGGCAGAAGCCCCGGCAGAAAUUUGAUGAAGAUUUCACAAUGGACAAAUACCUGGUGACUCACCCUGAUUUCCUCAGAUACAUGAAAAACAGGUUUUUAAAGUCUAAAAAUUUGCAAAAGCACUACUGGAGGCUGUACAGACCCACAACAGGGGCCUUCCUGCUGUUGACUGCCCUCCACCUCUGUGACCAGGUCAGUGCCUAUGGCUACAUCACAGAGGGGUAUGAGAAGUACUCAGAUCACUACUAUGACAAGGACUGGAAAAAGCUGAUUUUCUACAUUAACCAUGACUUCAACCUGGAGAAGCAGCUGUGGAAAAGGCUUCAUGAUGAGAAUAUAAUGAAACUUUACCUGAGAACCUGAC